CUGUGCUUCCUGAAUAAAGGAAAGGAGUAGUCUACCUGUGUUGUGCUUGGACCAACCUUUGAAUUGGCCGUGUUGUGUGUGUGGCGUUGAAUUGGAAUACUUAUCAUCGCUCUACCUGACGAACUCCCGUUACUUCUAGUCAAGGACAGCGUGGACAUACAGCACACUAGAAGAAGCUAUCUCACCUGUAACGACGUGUGGGCUCUGGAAGAACGGACUCGCUUAGAGAAGAAAACGGGAUAGGUAGAGGACUGAAACUCCGGAGCAACAAAGUUUGCUGAAAAGAGAGGGGGAGGAUUGCACUGAGAUAGUAGCACAACCAUUUCUGCUUAUUUUUUUAAACACUUUUUUUCAACAGUUCACCUGCAAUUAUAAUUAUUAGACAGGCUUAGACUGCGACGGAAAUUUACCAGUAAAACCCGACAAUGCCGCGAGCCUUCCUGGUAAAGAAGACUAGAUACUCGCCCGGUAAGCGGAACUGGAGCGAGCUUCCAGACCACGAGCGCGGGGACAUCUACAUACCAGUGACUCUCCAUCCUCCUCCCCCAUUGGUGGAAACUGAAGCCAGUCCGGCUGAGACUGCCCUCUGCCUCGCCACGUCCACACAACACCAACACGGCAAGUACACACUGUCGCAGGAGCACGUCCACACACACCUGCGCGAUGCCAGCAGCGUGACGUCGCCCAGGGCAGAGCUGCCCUCCUGCACGGUACUGGGUCGACCCCAGAGCCCGGGUCACAGGUCGGAGGGUACCGGGCUAGAGGUCAAGAGGAGGGCACAGAGCAGCCCCUACGUCCGCUCCAAAAUCAAGGUAACUACAGGCGAGCUUCCCAGUGAGAUUCCGGUCCCUUCCCAGCUCUCAGUACCUGAGAUCACCACGACGCCCAUUGUCUUGGCAACGCCCCCAGCAGCCCCAGUCUCCACGGUUUCCAGGGCAGGGACAGGGGCCCAGGCAUCGUUCAUAUGCCAGAUCUGCCAGAAGGUCUUCCAGUACCAGAGGAUGCUGAACCGUCACAUCAAGUGUCAUAGCGACACGAAGAGGCACUUGUGUAACUUCUGUGGCAAAGGAUUUAACGACACCUUUGACCUGAAGAGACACGUCAGAACCCACACAGGGGUGCGUCCCUAUAAGUGCUCCCUCUGUGACAAGGCCUUUACCCAGCGCUGCUCCCUGGAGUCCCACAUGAAGAAGAUCCACGGGGUGACCCAGCAGUACGCCUACAAGGAGAGGCGCAACAAACUCUACGUCUGCGAGGAGUGCGGCCACACCGCCCCUUCCCAGGACGCACUGCUCAAACACUACCACACCCUCCACCCCAACUCCGCCUUCCUAAGGGGCAAGGGGGGGAAAGGCGGGAGAGGGUCGAGGGGGGAGGAGUCGAUGAUGGGCUCGCCUGUUUCCAACAGCCAGGAUAGCGAUGACACUACGGGGUCAGGUGGGCACUAGGGGGUGGGGGUGCUUUGCAAAAAAUCAUUGUUGUAUACAUCUAGAACAUUAAGGGAACGUCCAUCUACGGAACAUAGAACAUUUAGGAUUGAGAUUCUCUAUUGUGAGAUAAUUAUGUAGAUUUUCUGUACAAAGGAAAUGGCUAUAUAUAUAUAUAUAUAAAUAUAUGUGUGUGUGUGUGUGUGUGUGUGUGUGUGUUAUGAAGUAAAGGGAUUAAUAUAUUUACAAAUGUUUUGUUAAAGAUUAAUCAUGUGUAUGUCAAUUUUAUUCCCUUCUGUGUGUUGAUGUGACUAUGCAUUUAAUUGACAAAAAUAAUUAAUGUUUACGGAUACCACUGCUUACUGUAAAAUGUGUCAAUAGGAAGUAUUUUGCACAACUACUGUAAACUCAACUACUGUAAGGUUUUGGAACUACUGCAAUACAAAAACUGCACGCUUCAUAGAGAGGCAUGUUUCUGGUAACUUCCCAGAAAGCCCUGUUGGAGUGUUCCUGGAAUCCGGAGACAAUUGGCUGGUGAUCCAGAACCCUGUAACCAGUUGUUCUAGAACUCUUAGGGACGUUUUGUGGUAGGAAGGUACCUGUCAUUUUGCAACGGCACCAAAAUAUGGCAGUCAUGGAGUUGGAGAGAGCUUGUGUUCCUGUCACAACGGGCAGCACCGACGGAGGCUAUUUUCAUGUGGAAGGAAUCCAAUCCACUAAAACUUUACUGGCCGAUGAUCAAGUUUGAACGGUGAAAACGUGACUCCAGCCAGGUCACUGGGACCCAUGCAGCAGAAUACGUUAAAGCAGCGGAUGUGUCCAACGACAGCGUUAACGCUUGGAAAGUGUUACAUCCCGCGUUUACGUCCUCCGGACAUCCGCGGGGUUUUAUGUUCACGUUCAACAGGACCGGGAAGGGAUACGAUUUAUGUAUGAGAGAGGUCAACUCACUAGAAAUCCACCAUGAGAUUUCUCCAGCCUAAUCUGAGAGCGUUGGUGCUGUAGAGCAAACAUCUACGGCCGUUUCAGGAUUAUGUUGCAAAGAUCUGGUAAUUUCACCCCAAAAUAGGUUUUUCUGUGGUCCUGGCUUUUGGGUUUUUUCUAAUAAUUCAGGGAAUAUUGCAACCAGGUAUCCUGGAAAACCAGGGGAUUUGGGAAAGUUUAUGGAUUUUUGCAUUUCCUCGCUUUGACUGUAGGAAUUAGAUGUGGUCAAGCAGACCACAUGGAAGAUAUAGGGUUUACACAUUGAUUCUCAGGUGAGACAACACUUCACUAUAUAGUCUAUAUAAUGCUGUUGCCUUUUCUAUUUGUUUUUCAAUAAGGGUAUGUCACUCUGGGUUAAUGUACAGUAAUAUAAACUUCAUAAUACUUUCAUAUACUUUUCACAUUUGAAUUUAUUCUGGUGUUUUAAUGUUUUUCUAUAAGUAGUAGUGGGGUUAUUUUGAUUUGAUUUCUGUGCGUGUGUUCCUAAUAAGGCUCUGCAAAAUGUGUGUAUGGGAGAGGUCAAAUUUCUCCUACAUACAUUUUGCAAAAAGGGAUGUUAUGGCCUAACUAUACAUGACAGAAAUAGGGAUUAUAGUUUCUAGUACUCUAAGCACAGGGAAUAUACAGAGUUUUUUAUCAACAGGUUUUUGAAUGACUGCGGUUUUUGUCUAGGAGAUUUUCUAUUUUUAUACAAUCAUAAUUACCGCUCAUGUAUGUCCUAUAUAAGUGCCUUAUUACUUAAACUGUUGAAUUCUGUUAAUGUGGGUGUGAUAUGUACAACAGAAAGUACUUGGUCUUUGUUCCAGAAAUGUAGCCCAUUUGGAUACCUGAGUGGAAGGCGCCUCUCGUCUCAAAAAUCUAAGCUACAUUUUUGUCAACUGUCUUAGCACAAGUCAGAAUGUUUAAUAAACUUAAUUUGAACGCA